CCCCGGAAGUGGUGAGGGCGGGGUCAGCGCUGCCGGGUGAGAUCAGCGGCCCAGCAAAGAUGCUGCUGGACCUGUCGGAGGAGCAUAAGGAGCACCUAGCCUUCCUGCCGCAAGUGGACAGCGCGGUGGUCGCCGAGUUUGGGCGAAUUGCGGUGGAGUUCCUGAGACGAGGCUCGAACCCCAAGAUCUACGAAGGCGCUGCCAGAAAACUCAGUGUGAGUAGUGACACAGUCCAACAUGGUGUGGAAGGAUUAAUAUACCUUCUCACUGAAAGCUCAAAGCUCAUGAUUUCUGAACUGGAUUUCCAAGACUCCGUCUUUGUUCUGGGAUUCUCUGAAGAAUUGAACAAAUUGUUGCUUCAGCUUUAUCUGGACAACAGAAAGGAGAUCAGAACUAUUCUGAGUGAAUUGGCACCAGACCUUCCCAGUUACCACAGCCUUGAAUGGAGACUAGAUGUACAGCUUGCAAGCAGAAGCCUCAGGCAGCAGAUUAAACCAUCAGUGACUAUAAAGCUGCACCUUAAUCAGAAUGGAGAUCACAACACCCAAGUUCUGCAGACAGACCCAGCCACCCUGCUCCAUUUGGUUCAGCAGCUGGAACAAGCAUUGGAGGAGAUGAAAACAAACCACUGCAGAAGAGUUGUGCGCAAUAUCAAGUAGUCCUAGUUUUAAGGAACUGUGUUUUCCUCUGUAUCCUGGUAUGUCACUGUGACUGGUAUAUGGUAAGUUCUUAUUAUAUGCUAAAGGGAGAAAGGGAAAGAGAGAAACUAAUAUGAAAUAGAGUACAAAAUUUGCAUACAUUUUAAAGAUAAAACAUGGCUCGAAAUAAAUUUUGCUUUUCUGUCACACAAGUACGGUUUGCAUUAACCUCACAACACAAAUUACGUGUCAGCCUUUCCCCUCCUCCCCUCUUUAGUGGAAAGACAUAUUUAGGACAUUUGGUCUGCAGAUUCCAUUGAAUGGACAGAGCUAGAUAUUUACUUAGACCAGUGGUUCUCAGCUGAGUCUACCCUUUGGUAUCCCUUGGUGGGGCAUUUAAAAAUUCUGUUUCCUGAGCCCCACCUUCAUAGAUUCUCAUUUAAUUGGCCUGAGAUUUGUAAAGGCUCUCUGCAUGAUUCUGAUGCAUGGCAAAGUUAAGAACGUGACGGUUACUGGAGUCUUUUCCUCUGUGACUUGCUUCAUUGACUGAUUUUUGAGCCUGUUGGCGAACAAGACAUGUAAACAAUCCUGAUCCACCAACUAGUGAUUUCAACUACAACUAAAAUUUUCUGAAAUAGUAAAAAGAAUGCAUUGAUACAAGUAACUGUCAAGUCCAGAGGUAGUGUUGGUUUUAGGCAAACUUGAUCUGAUGGCCCAGUGAUGUCCCCAAUUACUCUGUAUCUUUCUCUUUCUCUUAUCUGUCUUGGUGUUGGCUUUCUCCUGAUUUAGGCCCUCCUCAUGGCCAAAGAUGGUUGCAAAAGGGACCUGGAAAGUGAACCCAUCUUUGUCCUGGUAUCAUUAUUAGAAAAAGUUCUCAGAUUCACUCUGAUUGGACUGGUGUAGGUUACAAACCAAUUGCUGUGUUGAGGGGUUGAGAUGUACUAGCACAAGGGUGAAGUACUCUUCCAGGAACCACAGCAAUCCCCAAGUGUACAGAGGGAAGCAAGAGGGGAGAAAAAUCAGUGCUGAAACCAGAUGUCUGCUGUAACCACACAGGUUUGGCCUGGCUGCAGAAUUUGGUCACAAAACUGUGAUAGUACUUCAUAGUUUUAUACUGUAUGCUAGACUGUGAAGUACAUACCACUUUAGAAGUAGCAUAGAUACCUUCCAUCAGUUCCUACAGCUAGUGACUAAUAAACCGAGUAAGAUUAUAUUCAUCACAAAACUGUUGAGAAAGAACUUGAGAACAGAAAAUUUGAUUUGGAUCCUGCAAAUGUAAUUUGCUUCAUGAAAUGGCUUUUGCUUAGUGCCUCAGUGAACACAUUUUCUUGACGCAUUUUGAAAAACAAAAUAUCUUAGACCCUCCAGAGAGUCUCAUUUGUGGAUUGCCACCCUCCAAGCUGAGUGUCACUAGCCAAGAAGAAUUCUGUUGAUCUUUGCUUUUUAAAAUUUUCAUUAUGAAAGCAAUAGGGUUUAAAUUUCACCCCUAAAAUAUAUUAUUAAAUUAUAAUACUGGUUAUGCCAUUUCUAAUGACGUAGUCUUCAAAAAAAACCAAAAAACCAACCACCACACACACACAAAUUCUCCUAAGAGUCCCCUUCCCUCUACCCAUCCCUCAGGGGAUGGUAACUCUGCCUAGUUGAAAACUCACUGUUCUAGAACUUGCUCUCACCAAACACCUUUCUGAUUAUAAUUUGGCUUUGCAUAAAAGUUUUCCCAUAGUAGGAAAUGUACUAACCAUCAAACAUGGAUUUGGGGUCUGCUUGUAGUUAUGUUUCCCACUGCAAGUUAAUUUAUUGGCAUUCAUCAACCCUUAGAGUCUCAUUGUGUCUGCAUGUGCUAACGUUUAAGUUGCUGAGUUUAUAAAACUGAGGACCGCAUUUCAGAACAAGGCCCCUGCCAUAAACUUUACCAAGGCCAGCAAUGUUAUCCUGACCUGGUGACCAGCUGGUCAUUCUUCAAGCCACCCUCACCAGAUUCCUUUCCAUUCAAAUUGUACCAGUAAAAUCCUUUUUAAAAAGAGGCAUAAAAUAGCACAGGUAGAGUUUUCUUUGACCAUUUCGAACUGAAUCUUCUGUCUUUAUACCUAGCAAGAUGGCACGCAUGCCUAGACAUGUGAGAGGAGAACAGGACCCUCAGGUGUCAUCACCCUAGGGCUGAUGACAAGAAGUUCCUUAAAAGAGAGUGCUUGUGAUGAAGAAGAACUCAGUAGCUAGAAUGUGAGCAUUGAGUAUGUAUUGGCCCUAAAAAUCUCUGGAAUCAUCUGUGGAGGGACGGAAGAAGCUUGUUUGCAAGAGGUGGAGACUGAAUUCAUCUGCAGGGCUGCAAAUUCCAGUACUCUGGAAACAACAAAGAGGGAUCUUCCAGUGAUGAAACAUCAUGGACAAGCCCUCUGCAAAGAUGCUGUUGUUGUUUUUAACUAUAGAAGAUUUCAAGCACAUAUAUAAGCAGAUAGAACAGUAGAAUGGAGCCUCAUAUAUUCACACUUAAUUUCAAUAACAGUCAACUCCUGGCCAGUUUUGUUUCAUCAAAACCCCCACCCACUUUGCUUUGUGUCACCCACUCCCACUCCCAUGUCAUUUUGAAUCAAACCUCAAGACAUCAUUUCUGAGAUGGAGAUCUUUUCCAUUGAGGAGCAAAUUUAUUCUGGCUGCUAAUAUGAAAAUGAUCACUGUGUUUAGGGGACUUGAAUUUCUUCAGAUAAUGAUUCCCUUACAGUACUGUGUCUUUUUAAGUGUGGUAUUAGGCUUCAUUAUCCAGGUAAAAUUUCACUUGUUCAUGGGGGAGUGUAAUACAUGCUGUUAUUUAAGGGAUUGUUCACAGGAAAUGGAGAACAAACCUGAGAACUCCAGGAAAGGUGCUCAGGCCAGAGCCUCACCUUGCAUCUUAGGAACUGGCCUGGGUUUGGCUAGAUGUGACCUAGAGUGGGCCACAGGAGGCCCUUACUACCACCAUACAUGAUUUGGUUCCCAGGCUGAAGAAUCCAGGCUGUGGAAAAUGUCCUGAGUCCUGACUACCUUUCAGGUCAAAACCAUGCUGUCCUGAGUAAAGGUGUUCAUUCCCUGAAGGGAGUGGACAUUCCCAUUUUCAUUUGGAGGUGGACACCAUGGUGGGCUUUGAUUGAAGUUAUGACAUACUCCUUUCUCUGUUGGCCUGAGGGCAUUUGAGAGCCUGGAUUCCAGUUAAGAGAAACAAACUCAAGGGCCAUCUGCAAGAGGAAGGAGAUUUGGCCCCUGUCUUAUCAUGGCUGGCCAGGAGUUAGGCAGAGGGGGGGGUGGUGCCAGGAUCUGGGGCUGAACAUUGUUAGAUAGGCCACAUCCAGUAAGAAUUAUAGGUUGUCUUCUGUGUUGUAUUGUCCUUCUAUUUUUCUGAACCUUCAACAAAAUCAUAUUAAAAGUUGUAGCCUGGUUUUACCAGCCUGGCGUGAGACUAAGAAAAGAGGUUGAGUACAGACAUAAGACAUCAGUACAAUGGAGAAUAUCAGCAACCUGCUGUGAGACGCUAGUGCUGACUUCACAGGAAGGUUUUUGCACAGAGAUUUUCUCCCUGGAGCCAGAGGCAAUGACCAUGAUGGUCCUAUGGGACAGGAGAAUGUUCCCAGGGAUUCUUGACGCUAUUUGGGAGGUAAACCAGGUAAAAGACUAGACUUCCUGUGACCCUGAGGCAGGAUGAAAGUAAAGGAAACAUGCCUUAUGCUAAUCUCCAAGACCUGUGAGUCCUGAGCCUACGAGAGAUAAAUAUUGACAUAUGUCUUAUAAAUUCUUGAUGAGCGUAGCAAAUUUCUGGAAGGGUACAUGAGAAACUGCUGACGGGGUUUUCUCUAGGAUUUUACUUUGUAUUCGUCUAUAUAGUUUAAAAAAAAAAGGUUUACAAAGUAUAUAUAUUACCUUUAUAAUAUAAAUUAACCAAAAUAAGAUAAAUAUAUAUAUUAAAAACAUAUUACCUCAAACGAUAUCCCAGCUGAACCAAGUUUAUCCUCCAUUAGGAAUUAAAUAGUAGAAAAACAGUGUGCUUUAAAUAUUACCCCAGGGUGGUUUACAUUUGCCGAGUUCUUCCUAAAUUUUUCUUCUGAAAUGUUCCUACCUUAAAAAAAAAGACAAAAUAUAUCUAUUAUUGAACUACAAGUUGUGGAACAGCUUUGGUGUUCUCCCAGGCUUACACCACUAGUAAUGAUGUUAAUUCCUUGCACAUAGCAUUCCAGCAGGGUUCUCAUCCCCAGUUGCACACCCAGAAGCCUGACUCUGAGGUCAGUAAACCCAGAGUAGGCUCGUUAGAGGCCACCUCUUUUCAUAAUUUUAAAAACUCUGCAGUUGAUUCUGAUGUAUGAACACAGUUGAGGUCCAGCACUAGAAGUGGGGAGAAUGUUACAGGGAAUACCCCCAAAGGACUCAACCCAACCUUCUGCACAAGGUGAGUAGGCGUUAGAUCACUGGUCCAUCCCAAAGAUACCCCACAAAUAAGCAGAAAGCAGAGCCAAACAAACUGAACCCUGACAAAGAAGCGUAGACACCCUUGUAGUUAAAAUAUACUUGUUAGAAAGUUAUUUUGAGUUAAUUUUUCAAUUCCUAUCAGGUUUUUGAGUCUUGGUAUUUUCCUCCAUGCAUUUUUUGAAAGUCCAAUGUGUGAAUAAAGAGAAGAUAGGAGAAAGAAUAAGGUGUGCUGAAGAAGGUAUUUUUGGAGUGGGUUUUAGGACUCAUUGGAGUUGGUCUUAAUUCACUUAAAAGGGGCAGAAAAAUAUUCACAGGUAGCAUGAGGUUAGUGUGAAAAAUAUAGAGCCUCUACUCCAGGAUUUGGGGCCAGCACAUUAGUUCUUUAUGUCUAGUUGCCUUAGUAGCACAAUAUAAAAGGAAUGGGACUGGAUGCUUUCCCAGCCUUAUAGUUCUAUGUAACUGUGAAAGAGAACCAUGGCAAGAAAGGCCAGGUAUGGAAGGGAGAAUCUACUUUUUAAACAAAAAUUGGGAUUCUUAACCUUGGAUCUUUAGAGAACUUCAGGGUGUCCAUGAACCUCCUGAAAUUGCAUGCAAAAUGUGUGUAUGUGUUUUUCUCGGAUAAUGAUCCAUGGGUUUCACUAGAUUUUCAAACCAUUAGGAUCUGGUUUGAAAUGAUGCUUUCUUUUUCCAUUUUUUGUUUUUUGUUGUUACUGUUUGGUAUAAUUCCCCUUUUCACUUAUUUUUCAGUAUAAAUACAGCCUUGAUGAUACAAUUUCUGUUCUUUCCAAAAUGAGUAUAAUAAUGUUACUUGUUUUACUAGCAGUAAUAUAAAAUCUUGAAGAGAAACAUAAAUGCUUAGAAAAUGUCUCAGUACUCACAAAGUUAAUUUUUUUCCGAAACCUUAAGUGAGACCUUCCAAAUAUAUGAAUUUUUAUGUCUUUACCUCAAAUUUGAGAGUGUUCUCCUUCACUGCCCCCUCGCCACAUCUAAUCAGGGAAUUAAAGUUUUUCAGUGUGUUUCACAUUUACAAAUUGGGUACGUUGUAAUUGUCACCCUUGUCCUUCACCUCUUGGACACCAGAGGGCAGACAUCUUAAGUCUCACUUUUAUCUGGGACACAAAUCCUCUUCCCCCCCACAGCAGUUUUCUCCUCCAGAUUUGCUCCUGCACCUUGAAGAAGCUUAAAGGAACAAUUCACUUUGCUCUUUCUAAUAAUUAACAUCUUUCCUGGCAGUUCAACACACCCAUCAGAGACAGAAAGUAAUGAUUACUAAGGAGGCUGCCACCCUUUACCAAUCAGCACAAUCAGAAUUGUUCUCAUAGUCUUUGUAAACAAUCAGUUCAUAAUCUUUUGUUGUUGUUGUUCUUGUUAAGUUUAAUUGUUUUAGGCUAAAAGACAGUCCAAAAUUCUGUUUAUCACUCCACCCUUCAAAGCUUGUAAAAUGAGAUAAUAGGAGUGAAUCUGCUUUCAGAGGGGAAGAAACACCCUAUAAAUGCAAAGUAGACUUAGCUUUAGGAGGUAGUUAACAAGGCCAGGCUAUUUGCCUAAUAAGUAAUCAAUAAAUGGCCAUCAAUAAAUGGCCAACAAUAAUUGCUAGGGACACUUUUUUUUUUUAAAGAGUAAAGUUAAUUUUUGGUCUUUGUUUUGGUGUUUGUAGUUUUUAUAUCUUUAUUUUUUAUGAUUUCUCUAUUGAGCCUCCUUUAUGAAAAAUUUUCAUUUUUUUAAACCUGUUAACUCUUGAGAACUUGUCCAAUACUGCACACUUAGAACCAUUUAAAUAGCCAUCUGUACAGUUAUAGGAUAUUAUGGGUAUUAAGAAGUCUAGAAAUUAAAUUUUUUUAAAGUAUGACUUUUUUGUUUGUUUACUAUGAAAAGCCUGAUCUCAGUCAUCAGUGAGUAAAUGGAAAUGCAGAUGUACAAAUAUGUGCAAACAUAUAUUUUUUCUCUAAUACCAAGUAAGAAUAUUUUUAUUUUCCUUUGGGCCAUCCAUCAAUCACAGUCAACUUACAGUAGUUUUCAAAUUUCUUAGGAUUGUUUUUAUUUGUCUUUUUGUUCCUUCGACAGCUAUAAUUCGAUUGAGCUGAAGGGGUGAAAGACUUGAGAGCAUCAGAACGAUUCUGAAUUCAACACAAAUAGCCUUCAGUAGUGAAGAAAUUUUGUACUCAAGGUUUUGUCAGCAUUUUCUUUGUAAGCAAACUUUGGACCAGUAUUCCUAUCAAGAUGAUUUUAUAGGAGGAGGGUAUAACUCAGUGGUAGAAUGUGUGCUUAGCAUUGCAAGAGGUCCUGAGUUCAAUCCCCAGUACCUCCAUUAAAAAAAAUUAACCUAAUUACCCCCUACAAGAGAAAAAAAAAAAAAAGAUGGUUUUAUAAAAGUUGGUGAGGCUCCCCAGCUCACUCCCACCAAAAUAAAACAAAAUGAAACUUGAUUAUGUUGCAGUUCCCUUGGUGAGCCCCACUACUCUUUGUUAUUUGUUAUCUUGACUUUCUGUCAUUAGUAUAAGUAAUGGGAAGAGAAAUUAAUAUUUGUAGAGCACUUUAUUCACAGGCACCGAGUUGUACUUGUCCAUUUCCCAACUCCCACGGGAGCUACAUCCCACUGCUAUCUCCAUUACAUGGGAGGAACAACUGCCUCUGGGAAGUUAAAUAAGUUGAUAAGAUUUUAAAAUUCAAGAUACACAUCAUUACAGGAGAGAAUUUUUGUUGUUGUUACUUUUUAGAAUUGGCAUUAAUCCUGAAUUUCCAGUGGUUAACAGGUGAAAAGUCUUCAUUUUAAGUUAAAUACUUAAACUUGGAAUAUACUUUAAAAUUACUCCUGAGUACCUGGCAAAAUAUAUUCUGAACUCCAGUUCCCCCCAACACCAACCCUAUCCCAAGUCAUAAGUUUCAGACCCCAUUCUCAUUUCCCAGCAUUACCUUUCCUCUCCACCCACAUACCCCACUCACCAGUGUAGUCACUCUCAUCUACAGGGUAUGUCAAGUCUGAGUGUUUUGUUUGGGAGGCAGUGAGUGUGGGUGGAGGGGAAAAUGUAGCCUUGGGUGUCAGACACCUCCUGUCCUUAGUUAUUUCCAGCAUGACCUUGAGCAAAUGUUGUGACUUGACUGGGCCUCAGUUUCCACCUCAGCAAAUAAUAUAAUAAUAAUAUAUACUUCUUAGAGUUAUUUUGAACAUUAAAUGAGAUAUUAUUUGUAUUGUCCUGGAGUAUAAUUGGUUCCAAAAUACUUCCCACCCUCUUUAGUUGUAAGGUGGGUGAUAUCUAUCAGUAAAUCAUUUGGCCAUUCCAGUUGUGGUUUAGAGCAGUGAAUGCAGUCAGGAAACCUAGGGCUGUGACUCCAUCAUAGGAGUUAGCUUUUGGUAUUGGCCUCAGACUAAUGUCUACUUUCUAAAAAUGUCUUGCUUGUGAGGCUCAAGAAUAUGAAGGUGGGUUACACAGUCCUGCUUGUGCAGGCCACACUUGGUUUUCCUCUCGCUGCAAGCAUUUGUCAGCAACUAAAGACACUUUGGUUGUUGUGAAUUCAGGAAAAUUCAGGAACAAGAGAAUGUUGUGAAAAUGGCAAAUCAAAUACUGAACAUGAAAAAAGCCGCAGCUAGGAAAAAAGUCUGAUUUGGGGAAAGGAUCAUUUUCUGUUUUUGCUCAUCCCUUUUCUUUUCCCUGUCAAAGUUCCCAAUCAUUUAAAAUUUAAAACUGUAAAAUAAAAUUCUGCCUUUCUUCCCUUCCCUUCCCUUUUUUUGCCUUUGCUUCCCUUCUUUUUCCUUUCUUUUUUCUAUUACUUCCACUCCAUUCAGCAUUUAGUUAAUCAAGAACUAUAAACUAAGCACCUGUUGCGUAUCAGACAUCAUGCUGAGCACUGAGAAUACAGUUAUGGGCAAAAUGGCCACAGUCUUGGGUCUUGUGAAGCUCAUAUUGGUUGGGAAGGCGGGUGGUAAGUAAGUCACAAUAAAUAAAUGAAUAUCAAAGUAAUAAAAUGAAAAAAAAGUAAUAAAAUGAUUUCAGAGAGCACUAAAUGUGAUGAGGAAAAUAAAGCAAGCAAAUGUUAACAGGGUAACUGGAGAGCCUCUUUAGAUUAGGUGGUCACAGAAGGCCUCUUGGAAGAGAGACCUUGAACUGAGACCUGGCUGAUGAGGUCUGAGCCAUUGGAAAAUCUGAGAGAAGAGCUUUGUGUCUGGGCUUUGCGAUGGGAAGGAACUUAGUUUGUUGAAAGAAGCAGAAGAGGUAGGGUUGAAGGGGAGAGAGGGAGGAGUCAAGGUUAGAGAGGUAGGCACGGGGGGAGGAGCAUUUCAUGAAAGAUCUCCUAGACUGCGGUUAGGUUUUGGAUUUUAUACUGGAGCCUUUUGAACACGGGGUCUGCUUAAGUGAUCUGCUUAAUGCUUGAAAGAUUUGCCCUGGGCCUGUAAUGGUAAUGAUUAGCGGCAGGGAUACCAGUUAGGGAGUCAUGUCAGCCCUGGAGCAAGAGAUGAUAGUGGCUGGAGCAUAAUGGUUGAGAGGGUGAGCAACAGACAUUUGGGAAUAUAGACGUGAAUGUAAAAGAAGAAUUAGUGUGACUUGUGGGUGGAUUAGAUACAGAGCAGCAGGAAAAGGGAGGAAUCAACCAUGACUCCCAGGUUUUUAGGCUGAGCAACUUGGAGCGUGGCAGUGCCAUUGCUGACAUGUUGAAGACUGAGUUUGGGUUAAGGGUGUAGCCAAGAGUUCAUGUUAAUUUUAAGAUUCCUUUCAAAUACCCAAAUGCUGAUGUCAAGCAAUCAGUUAAGUAUGUGGUUCUAAAGCUAGAGAUACAAUUGACGGUUGUUGGCAUGGAGACUGAAUCAUUUAUUUAAAAAAUAGAUAUUGAGUGUCUAUUAUGUACUAGUGGAUAUAUUAUAUACUGAUGUUGGAACAGUAAAUUAUGUAGUAUCUUAGAAGGUGACAAGUUUAUAAAAAAAAAGAAAGAAAGAAGGAUGAGAAGAAUUAAGAUUGUGAGGGGUUGACCUACCUGGCUUAUGGUUUUAAAUCGGGAGAUCAGGAAGACCUCACUGAGAUGGUGAACUUCAAGAAUUCCAAGAAGUGAGGGAGCUAGCUUUGUGGGUACCUGGAGGAAGAAUGUUCCAGGCAGAGCCAGUGCAAACUCCCAGAGAUGAGAACCUGGCAUGUAAACAGCAAGCAGUACUGCAGGGCUGGGAGCAAAGUACUGGAGGACCUCCCUGUGGGCUGGGGGCCUCCAUCUUUAAGAGCUCAGAUAGAUGGGAAGGGAAGCUGUCAAAGAAGAUUGAGGAGAAGAGCCCAACCCGGUGGUAGGUAGAAAAUGUGGUGCCACAGAAGCCAAGAGAAGAAACUAUUUCAAGAAAAAGAGUCUGGUCAGCUGAUGCUGCUGAAAGGGUAGGUGUGAUGAAAACCACAAGUGACUUUAUAGUAAAGCACAAGUUUAUUUUCUAUGUCUGUGAGUCUCUAUGAUCUGCAAAUACGUUUGUCUGUCUUUUUUUUUUAGAUUCCACGUAUAAGUGACAUUUUUCAAGUAUGUAAAGCCUCCUCCCUUUCCCUUUCCCCAUCUUCCUCCCAAACUGUACCCAUUUAAUUGCAUCAAUACAUAAUCAGCUUGGGUGGGGUUCAUCAGUAAAAGCUGGGAAGUGAAAUCACUUUGGCACAGUGAUUAAGAGAACAGACUUUGGCUAUGAACUUAGGUUUAUAUGUUGGCUCUGCUCUUUAUUAGAUAUGUGAACUUGGGUAAGUUACUUAACCUCUUUAUGCCUCAGUUUCUUUCUUUCUUAAAAGGAAAUAACGAUAAUGUUUUAUAAGAGUUUUGCAAGGGGUUAAUUCAUCUAAUCUUCACAAUGACCAUAAUUAUGAGAUAAAUAGUAUAAUUAAACCUAUUUUACAGAUGAGAAAAUCAAAGGAGAGAUGUUAAGUAACCUACGCUAGGUUAAAAAUCUAUUAAAAAUAGAUUUACUAUAUAAUCCAGCAAUUCCACUUCUGAGUAUAUAUCUACAAGAAUUGAAAGCAGAGUCUCAAAAGGAUACUUAUACACGCAUGUUCAUAGUAGCAUUAUUCACAAUGGUAGAAGCCAAAAGAUAAAAGCAACCCAAGGUUUCCUAGACAGAAGAAUAGAUAAACAACAUGUGUUAUAUACCUACAAUGGAGUAUUAUUCAGUCUCAUGGAAGGAAAUCUGACACAUGCUAUAAUAUAGAUGAACCCUGAAGUCAUUAUGCUAAGUGAAAUAAGCUAGUUACAAAAAGACACUGUGUGAUCCCACUUAUAUGAUGUACUUAGAGUAGUCAAAUUUGUAGGGACAGAAAGUAGAAUGGUGAUUGUAGAAAAUAGAAGGGGCUGGGGGAAGAGUGAUAUGGGGAGUUGUUUAAUGAGGACAGAAUUUCAGCUUUGCAACGUGAAAAGAGUUCUGGAGAUUGGUUGUACAAUACUGUGAAUGUACUUAUUACUACUGAACUGUACACUUAAAAAUGGCUAUCAUGGUAAAUUUUAUGCUAUGUAUAUUUUACCACAAUUGAAAACAAAACAGAUAAACAAAAUGAAAACAAACAAGGCAAAAAGCCACCAGUCUUGUAGAGAACAUUGUGAUUCUGUACUGUUGAGAGUGACAGAGAGUUUGAUGCCUAUUGGGUGGGGAAUGCGUGAACUCAGUCACUGACAAGCCGAGGCACGGUGUUCUUUCAUGACCCAAAUAUAAAUGUCUACUCAUUAGCUAAGGAUGUGUCUUGGAGGUUGGUGAUCUGUACUGUGGCGGUUCUAGGAAGACAAAGCAGUAGUUAGCCCUCUACUGCAAAGAUGGAGUAGAUGGGGGAGGGUGGAGAUGAGGACAGAGGAAACAUGGAAGACACCUGCCAUGAUCCUAGGUUAGAAGAAUGGUGACAGUACUGCCAUGUCCCAGGAAGGGGAAGCUGGAGCCUGAGCAGGUGGAAGAGGCAGUUGUGAGUUCAGUGAUGGUAGUGUGAAUUCUGGGGAUAAGCAGAGCUGUCUUGUUGAUGGUGAGUUUGAAGUCAGAGAGAGUGAUUGGGACUGAGAUGUCUCUUGCUGAGCAUUUCCUCAGCUCUAGCCUCUGAGAAAUGGUUUCCUCCAACAUUCACUGUGCACAUGAACAUUUCAGAGAUCCUGAGAGUGCUUUGGGAGAGGGAACUGCUUAACUUUGUUUAACCUAGGUUUUUCUAAAUUCAUUUGAAUGCCCAACCCCUUUUUUCCCCCAUAAAACCUAUUAACUUACUGAGGACCACACUUUAGGGAAUUGUUCACUAGUUUAUACAGAUAUUUUUCUGUUGACAAAGUAAAACAAAGGAGAAACUGGUUAGAAGGUUGAUAGAUCUGUGAGUAUUCAGUGUGUCUUAAGUCACCAAACCAGAGUGAGGGAGGUUCCAGAAACCUUGGCCUGACUUGGGGACUGAGGACACCGACCCCUCUGCAUGGGUAGUGUUGGGGAAGGCUGCUGGGGGUUUUGAUCAAAGACAGCUUGCUGGUUUGGCUUUCUACCUACUGUACAUGUGCCAGUAAAGGCCUGAUCCAAUCCCUCCCCUGGUUCUUUUUUAUCCUCUGCAUUGGCUUCUUGUCCUUGCUUUUUCAUUUGCAUAACUAAUGCACACAACACAGAGUUCCUGCAAUUUUAAAGACAGCUGGCCAGCACAUCUUGGAGGCUGAUGUCAGGAAACAUCUGGAAAAGGACUAAAGUUACUGCAGCCCAACUGAGAACAAUGGAAACACAUUAAUAUGGAAAAUUCAGUAUGGGGGAGCCUGUGUACAUAAAAAUGGCUGCCAGGCUGACUUACAAAAGCCUUGUGCAAAACCCUUUUGUUAGUUUGGGCAUUGGUGCCACUGAGUUAUUGAGUGAUAAGCCAGUUAAAACUGAAAUAUUGCCACCCUCUUUGGGACCUUUCUCUUUGAGGCUUUUUCUUAAAAGGUUUUCCUAGAAAUCCUGCCAGCUAACCAAGAUACUCUUUUCUGAAAAUUCAUGAACUAGUAUUUUAUCUUAUAAUAAUAACUUUAAGCUAAUCUCCCUCUGUCCUCAUUCUCUCUCAAAAUAUAAAGAUAUAAAAUAGAGUUCUCAUAAAUAUAUUUUGCUGUCUCUUAAGAAGUCAGUGUUGGUAGAAAUAUUGAACUUUACAAAAACUGUGACUGAAAUAUUUAAAUGUGAACACUAUAUCCCAAGGCUGCCUGGAAUAGGGGUUAAAAGAAUGGAUUUUAGAGUUUGGAUUCUGGCUUCUCCUCUUAACCAACUGUAUGUGACCUUGCUAAAUUACUUAAUUAGUAUAAAUUAAUCUGUAAAAUUCUGUCAGCUAUUUUGGCCUAUUUGGGACUGUCACGAGGAGUACCCAUGCUGAUGUGUUAGAAGUGCUUAGUGAGAUGCGUGGCCCACGUUAGCUACUAUGAUUGUAAUUUUGUUGCUAUCCAAGGAUUAAGAAGAAAUCCCUGCUCUGUUUCUCAAUUCAACUCUAACACAUUGAGCACUUGCUUCCAGUUUCCUGUCCUAGAGAUGUAUGUCUUAGAAUUAGGAUUUCUCCUACAGAUGUUCCCCUAGAGUUCUACCUACUGUUUCACUAUUUUAUAGAAACCAAAGUGGUAUUGUCUCUUGUGUGGAUUAAUAAUUACCAUCUCAUUGCAUCUCCCAAUAUUUGGACUCCUGGUCCUUUGUAUGACACUUGCUUUACCCCUCUGAAAGCAGGUUGGAUUUUCUCCUACCUUCAGGGUUCUGAAAUUUCUCAGCGAUGUGCUUUGAUGUUGGUCUGUUUUAAUCCAUUGUACCAGGUGCUUGUUGGGCCCUACCAGUCUGGCAGCUUGUGUUCCUUGGUUUUGGAAAUCUUUGUGAAUUGUUGAUUUAUUAUGAGUUCCUCCCCAUUAUUAAUUCUUUUCUUUCUUUCUUGAACUCCUAUUUAUUAGAGUAUUGGACCUUCCAGACUGAUCCUCUGAUUACUUUCUCCUUUCCUGUUAUCUUUUCUUUGUCUGUAUUUUCUGAGAGUUCCUCAACUUUAUCACCUUACACCUUCUCUUAAGUUUUUUUUAACUCAUAUUUUAAAUUUCCAAGAGUUCUUUUUUGUUCUUUAAUGAUUCUUUUUUUUUAAUAUAUAUGUAUAUAGCAUCCUAUUCUUAUCUUUUUACUUCUCUGAAGAUGUUAAUGAUAGCUCUUUUGGGGGGUGAGGGGGAAGCUUAUGUUUUCCUUCCUAGUCUGUUUCCUCUCUAGUUGAUUUUUUUCUCCUUGUGUGUUGUUUCUCUGUAUUCCCUGGUAGAGAUUUGCUGUCUUCAGAUGUCUGGUAAUCCUUACCCUUCACUCAUAUUUUAAAGCUGGUGGGAAAUUGUGUCAUGGAUAAAGCUUGUCGAGUUCAGGCUUUACUCUGAGGGGAUCUGCCUGGGCCACUUAUAUGAGGGGAAAUGUCAUUGCCCUUAGGUCUUUUUUCUUGGUCUUAAGUUUUUCGGAGAGGAAAUGUCUACUUUCCUGCGUAGGGGGCUUAGUUAUACCUGGCUUCCAGUGUUCUGAAAGUUAAAUGUGGACUGGGAAUUACAACACUUCUUUAUACAAACCUUUUUUUCCAAACCUCUUUGCUUUCAGUAUAGUAUUCCCAGUCUUAAUCAUGCCUAGUGCCCCUAAUUCUCACUUAAAGACCCUCAUCCUCUGCAGAAGGAAACUUCAAGUCUUAUCUUUUGGAGAAAAGCAGCUGACCAAGCUGCAUGUGAGAAGUGGGCUUUGGAGGGGCCUCUCCUGGGAACUGGGUUGCUUCUUGGUUUUUCUCUCUGCUGGUUUAGGAUUUAGCUUUCUCAGUUCACUGACUCAGACACUAGUUGACCUGUUUUUCAGCCUCUGACAUUUUGUUGCUGUCGUUAUUUCCUCCUUUUAGUUUUUACAAAUCUCUUUAAUUCUAUUUUAAUGGAGAUUUGGGAGAGGGGUUAAAUCCAUUUGUUCAAUUAGCUAUCUUUAAUCAGUAUUUUUUUAAAAGAUAUUCUUGAUAUAAUGAUUUGUUCUGAAAAAUUAGAUUUUCUAUGCCAGAAUUCCAAGUCAAAGAAUUCUGAUGAGAUCAACUAAUCUAUGUAGAAUAGUUUUGUAAAUGUAUUCAUUAACUUCCAACCAGUUUUUGAUAUUUUGGCCAUUAUAACUGCUGCGUGGUAAAUGUUUCUGUUUGUUGGCAAAACUCGCUUGGGUUGCUCAUCACCUUUUAUGUGGUUACAGAUGUAAACAACAUGUGUGCCCCAGAUGGGCGCUGAAGUCCAGGCUCCCAAUUUGUGACACACUCCUUCACACCAGAGGCUUCCAAAUAUAAGUCCCUAAGUCCACUCAUUUCAGCUUGGAUCCUGGCAACUCGAAGAGAGAAAUCUCUGAGUGACUAAAAUCUCUAUAAUGAGAAAACCUUUACAUUCAUUAUCUAUUGUGGUGGGAGACUUUAUAUUCUACCUUCUUUUUGUUGAGUGAGGUGUGGGAAGAGAUGUGGAGUUAGGGUGGAGUGGAGACAGGGUUGUAACAAGAUGAGUAACACACAAGCUAGGAUUUAGGUCCGUGGUAAAUGCUAUGUGUCGGAAUGAGGAUUCCCACGACUGAUAUCCUCCUGGCAGAGCUAAUUUCACAGGGGGCGGCUCAGGCAGUAACUUGAGUGGGUCUGGACUGUGUGGCAUGUGGCCAGUCUCACAGCAAAACAGAAUCAGCAGAGCUCAGAAAUGCCAUUGCCAGCCUGGUAAACAGUAGUCAGAACUGAAGUUCCUUAACUGAUUUUUGACCUCCAUGGUUAAUGGAAGACUAAACUUGCUUGUUGUUUUAUUAGUCAAUCAGAAUGUGUCUGAUAGCAUUUUUUUGGGUUGCAAGGGCGAAGUUGAGGAAAGCUGCUUUUGAAGAUCUAAGAAUCAAAAUAAUUGCUUUUCCUUAGUGCCUACUAUUUGCUGGAUGCUUUACAUACAUAGUCUCAUUUAAUCCUCUCGAACAAUCCUGCGGUGGUUUUAUUACAGCCAUUUUGCAUGAAAAAUCUUCAGUCUUGAGAGGUUGAGUAACUUACCUGAGGUCACAAAGUUAUUAAAAAUUGAAGUGCACUUAAAACCAGGAUUUUUAGAAUUUUUCUCAGAAGUUCAGCAUAAGCCAGCCUGCCAGGCCCAGCAGACAAUAGACAAUGUCCAUAAGACUUUUUGUAUUGUUUGUGCAGUGUUCAUUUUGAAUGUCGGGCACAUUUCAGAUGUGCCAAGAGAAAACGUAGUCUAUUCUUGAUGAUAUAUAACAAAAUCAAAGUCAAACUUGUCUGUUCUGUAAGUAUAAUGCAAGUAUAUACAAUUUUGUGACAGUGAUCACAGCCCAGCAAAUCACCUUCCAAUACAGAUACACAGAUGACACAACCACAGGACGCAGAAGGAGUCAGCUGAGGGUGCUACUUACCUGGGCUGCCUUUUUGUCUAAAACUAUCCCCGCCUAGUAGAGAAACUACCAAGACUUGGAGUCCUGUGUUCCAGUCCUGGUGUGGGUGCUCACCCAGGUGUAGUAGGCUUGUCACCUAUGAAGGAAACUCAACUUCUACGAAUACCUAAUGUGUGCUAGGCACAACUUUUCUUUGUGAUUUACUUGUUUUUGUGAAUAGUCUAUACAUGUCCAAGGGUUCUGAAGGAUACCAAAGUUAGACUCCUUCUCUCCUUGGCCCCCAGCUUUGUGAUUGUCCUUCUUGGAGUUAAUCAUUGCUAACAAUUUUAUGUAAUACUUCCAGAGGUGCCAGAAACUUUCUAUAUAUUAUGUCCUUAAGCCUCUUGGUUAUUGCUUCAAUUUAAUUUAAUUUAAUUUUUUUAUCUUUUCUUAGGAUUUGAGGCAGGAAAAAGGCCGAUAAUAUGUGCUUAGCCUUCUUUUCUUUUUGUUGUUGAAGUAUAGUUGAUUUACAAUGUUCUGUUAGUUUCUAGCCUACACUUUUUGUCCCCAUUUUACAGAUUCCAAAACUGAAGCUGAGUGAUUGGAGUCUAAUAGUGGAUUGGACACAGCUGAUGAGAGAAUGAGUGAACAGAAUAGAGGGUAAGCUAUGGUUGGACUAUAGAGAAAAGUCUAACAUGUUUCUUGGAGUCUCAUAAGGAGAAGAAAAGAGUCUUUCCUUUCCUCUGGCCUUCCUCAUUCCUCUGGUCAGUGCCUUUAUUCUUUUGAUGAUACAAGCUCAAAAAUUAAGAGGCUGGGUGGCUGAACAACAUGAUCAGGAACCCCAGUUUUUCCCAUCUUUCUCUUCAUCCAUCUUCAGGCCAGCUGCACUUCUGGUUAUAAGAUGGCUGCCAGAGAUCGAGGCAUCAGAGCCAGUCUUCCAAUGUGCAGAUAAAGUGGAGGGCGUCUCCUCACGUACAUCUGGUAGGAAUGAAGACAUCUUUCCUAGAAGUCCCUAGCAGACGUCAUUGACCAAAACUUGGUCAUAUGCUCAUUUUUAUAAUAGCCAAGGAGUAUAGUAUUAUCAUAAAUGGCUUGCCCCUGAGCUAGGCAUAAGGUCAUCUUCCCUGAGGUAUGGAUACCCAAAUAAAAUUAGUUCUUCUAACUAGAAAGGCGUGGGAAAUAAAAAGAAGGAAGAUAGGUCACUCUAGUUUCCUCCUACCUCCUUAGUCUAAGCUCUUGUAACCUCCCUCAGAGACAAGUAUUAAGAGCUUCCUAACUGGUCUCCCAAUAUUCUCUCCCACACAGCCCACCUUACACAAAGUUGCCAGAUUCAUCUUCCAGAAACACUGCCUUGCCACAGUGCCCUUCGGUUAAAAAAAUGUCAUUGGUUCUCCCUGACCUUCAGAAAAACAUUCAAAUUUAACAUAGAAUUUUCAAAUCAUAAAACAUAAGAGUUGAAAGAACCAGAGAGCUUGGAAUGUGAAAGGCUGGCACCAGGUGUAUUAGCUUUCAGCUGUACUAGAAAACACAGAUAUGUGUUCUCUCCUAAAUAUUUAUUUUGUCUAACCAAAGGCAUGACCUACAGAAAUCUCCCUAAAAGAGCCAUCUUCAAAUUGGGUUAAGCAACUUUGAAGAAGUAUAUGUACACUUUUUUUUUUUAAACAGCAUCAGUUUCCAGGUUUUCUUUUUGUUUAUAUAUAUAUUUUUUCAUUGAAGUAUAGUCAGUUUACAAUAUUGUGUGAAUUUCUGGUGUACAGCCAGUUUCCAGGUUUUCAACUUAUUCUUUCUGAAAACUAGCCUUAUGUUUUAAUACAAAUUCUUUAUUUUCAUCCUCCAUUUCAAAGUAAUCUCUGUUCUCCUUACUCAUCCUGAAUCUUGCCUUGGAAUAUUGCCUCCAGGAUCUUGAGAAGCUCUGGGGAGUGGGGGAAGAGGCAAACAAAGGGGUGAUUUGAAGUUUUGAUUUUGGGAAAGCCUCCUUCAUGAUUAAGGAAAAUACCAGACAGGUCUUUCCAUGAAGGGUGAGGUGUGGCUUUAGACUUGGGGAAUUUGGGCCUGUGCUGGAAGCUCUGUAUUCAGAUAGUUGUGGAGUGCAGAGGUGAAACAUCUGAUCACUGUCAAAAAAUGUGUAACUCUUGAGGGAGAGACUCAUGACCACAAAGUAAAGAACAUUUGAAAUGCUGAAAAUGGUGGCUGCCAUUUGUUUUCAGUUAUUGUCAAAAUUCCGUCCUGGGUGGUGUCAUUGGUUGAAAAGAGUCACCCCCGUGAGAGGGAGCAGUACAGGUUUCCGGUGCUGAUGCAGGGCUGAGGGGCAUAACUGAUGGGCACACGCUGGAGUCUCAUACGUGUGUUCAAGUGCUGUCCACAUUCACUAGAAGAGAGUGUGAAUGAUGCUGUCUAAACUUCUGCAAAUUAGGGGGUGAUAGGAGAAUUCUUUUUAAUAUAAAUAAAAUGUUUUAUGAGACUGCUGUAUUCUCUACUAUACUAGAUAAAACUCAUGGAUAAAAUUUCACGUGCUUUUUUUAUAUAAGGUGGGAAUCACUGAAUAGAGUAAUAAAAAUUUACAUGUAUGAAAUUAUAUCAUGGAAUGUUUUUACAGUGGUAGUCAAUUCUCAUCUUAUUUACUCUUUUAAAAUAUUAAUGCAAAAUAAAAUAUAUGCUAGCUGCCGAAUAAUUUUUAGCAGUUGAUAGUUCUUCUCUUUCAUUAAACAAAUGGGAAAGUUAAUUAGUUUUUAAAACCUUAAUAGAUUAUAUUCUGAUUUUUAUGUGUGAUUUUGAUUCAGUUUUCUCCCCCAGAGCCCAUUACCUACACACAUGUACAUUUACCAAAGAAAUACUAGGACUUGCAUUAUUCCUUACUUUGUAAGUAACUAAUAUUUCAGCCACAUUUUAUUGUAUUAUUACAAAUUAAGUAAUGAGAAAUAGCAUUUUUAAAUUGUUUUAUACAUUUUAAAUUGGUAAAAUAAUUACAUUAGCUCUACAUCCUGAUGUAUGACUUUUAGUAAUUUAUCUUACAAGGCGUGUUCCAUAAUUUCUCUGUGGUUUCAUACUAUUCUUCACAUUGCAUUUUAACUUGAUUUGAACUGAUAAAUAAAUUUAGACUUUUUCCAAUGGAAUACAUGUGUUUACCUGAUUUAUCUGAUUGGUUUGACAGUGAGGACUGCCUUUUCCAAUUAGUCUGUAUGGAAAGUAUUUCCUAUAAGAGAAAUGAGCUAAAUCAGUAGCUACAAGCUUUUUGACAAAAAUAUUAUUUAAAAAUUAGAAUUUUUUUGAAAAUAAUAUACUGGCAAACAUAUUUCUUAAAUUUUUUUCAGAGUAUAUAAGGCACCUCUAAUUGGAAAAGAAUAGAGGUAGUCAUUUAAAUGACUGAAUCUUAGUAGAAAUGUUAGCAAACCUCCCAGAAAUUGCAGAAGUAAAUGGCUUUUGUAACUGGGUAUCAAAUCAUUUUGCAAGUCAGUUUGUUUCUAAUAAAAAAAACUUUCCAUAAAAUUGAAGGAGUCCUCAGUUGAGUUGUUAACUGAUGGAUUAUUAAAGCAAAUUUUUUUAUGAUAGAUGAUAAAAUUAUUUGUUAUAAAAGGAUGACGUUCACAUAAUUUAGUUAAGAUUGCCUUUUUAAAACGCUUCUUCCAUUCUCAUCCUUUUAUUUCUGUAAAAUUUUCUUGGCGGUAAUGUUUAUGAAGAUGAGUGAAGAUCAUUUUGUAAUAUAUAAAAUCACUGUUUUGUGCACCAGAAACUCAUAUAAUGUUGUAGGUUAAUUAUACUUCAAAAACAAACAA